CCGCGAGGUUUCGCGAGAGAGGUCGUUUUGUUAGAUACGUAUUUGUCACACGUAAAUAUUCGCGUAAAACUUUUCGUUUGACGAAUGUUAGUGUGAUAAUUUGUUUUCGUUAAUUUUUGUUUAAUUCUGUGCGGGUCAGGUUGGAAGGCAGCGAAUAUAGGGUACCUGAAUAUAUUUAGCCGGCGUGAUAUUCCCAAUGCGGGGACCUGCGUGACGGUAGCAUCCUCACGAUGCGGCAGUGUUUGUUCACCCUCACACUGCUAUGCAUCUCAGUAACAGAUAUAACAGGUAGCUGGGAAGAAUGGUGGACCUACGAUGGCAUUUCAGGUCCCGGGUUCUGGGGUCUUAUCAAUCCCCAGUGGAGCAUGUGCAACAAGGGUCGACGUCAGAGCCCAGUCAAUAUCGAACCUGACAAGCUACUAUUUGAUCCUUGGCUGAGAGAGAUACAGUUUGACAAACAUAAGGUCAGUGGUGUUCUUCAAAACACUGGUCAGUCCCUCGUGUUCAGGGUCGAAAAGGACAGCAAGCAUCAGGUCAACAUCAGUGGAGGCCCUUUGUCCUACAGAUACCAGUUCGAAGAGAUUUACUUUCACUAUGGUUUGGAUGAUAACAGAGGAUCGGAACACCAGAUCGAUCACCAUACCUUUCCUGGAGAAAUUCAACUCUAUGGUUUCAACAAAGAACUGUACCACAACAUGUCGGAGGCACAGCACAAGUCACAAGGAGUCGUGGGCAUUUCAUUAAUGGUUCAAAUCGGAGAACCAACAAACAAAGAAUUGAGGCUUAUAACAAGUGCUUUCAGCAAAGUUACGUAUAGAGGUAGUUCAUACCCAAUCAAGCACCUUCCUCUUAGUUCCUUACUGCCCAAUACUAUGCAAUACUUGACAUAUGAGGGUUCCACUACUCAUCCUGGAUGCUGGGAAACAGCCGUUUGGAUCAUUUUCAAUAAGCCCAUCUACAUAUCCAAACAAGAGAUGUACGCAAUACGUCGCCUGAUGCAAGGAUCCCAGUUAACCCCGAAGGCACCGCUCGGUAACAACGCGAGACCAGUCCAACCGCUCCACCAUCGCACUGUUCGUACUAACAUCAACUUCAGCAAACAAGGAUUGCCGGUAUCGAGCAAUUGCCCCGACAUGUACCGCAACAUGCACUACACAGCACGUUAUUCUCGCAAAGCACGAUCGAAAAAAAGCCUUGCAUGCAAACGAAAGGGCACACCAAAGAAAGCAUGUCACAAAAAAUAGGUACCUUAUAAGCAUCUACACAUUCAUCCUUUUUAUUAGACGUU